AUGCCAUGGUGGCGCUCCCGCGGGGGAGCUUGCAGAGGUGCCGGAGUUGCCUGGCGGUGGCUCGCCCUGGCAGCCGUGGUGGCAGCACAGGACGUGGGCCACGUCAGGUUGGCCCUGGUGAGCAACUCUCAGUGCGAUCUGGCACUUUCCUGGAGUAUCCCUGAGCUUGGCAAUCAAACCGAGCUGAGCCAUCUGAGUCAGGUGAGCUAUGCGCGCAGCAUCGCCGACCUCGGAACCAGCUCGUCGAAGACCGCGAUCGGGGUCACUUCUGGGCCCUGGCAUGGACGAAGAUGGGUGCAAGCAGUGCUGCACGGCCUGGAAGAGGACUUUGCAUAUCGGAUCGGCGGUCAAGUGGGCGGCUUUGGACCCAUCGAAGCAACUUUUGCACCUUGCCGCUGGAUGACCAACCGGUCGUCUAGGCCACAAACAGCGGAGCAGCCGGCUGGCAGCACCGCAGGCUCCCUGCGGCUGGCGGUAGUCGGAGACAUUGGUUUCAGAGACAAUGGCACCGCGGACCAAGUCUUCGCCAGGAUACAGAACUCGACGCCGGAUGCGGUGAUUCAGCUGGGCGAUGUGACUUGGGACCUUUCCCGACAGGGCACCGCGACGACACACGACUUCUGGAGCAAGCUCCAGGCACUUUCAGCGCUCAGACCUUUCAUGCCUCUUCCAGGAGACAGGGAUCCAAUGCAAGUCUACCAGCGGUUUUUCCAGAUGUCGAACUCGAGCGGUGACCCGUGGUAUGCCUUCACGGUGGGCAGCGUACGAUUUAUCAUGCUUUGGACAGAAGCCUUGGUUGACCUCCCUUCGACGGUGGAGCCGCAGCACUCCUCGGCCCGACAGCUCCACUGGCUGGAGGAGGAGCUGAAGAGCGCAAACGCCUUGGAGGCGCGUGCCAAGCGGCCCUGGGUCGUAGUCGCUGGCCACAGGCCGAUGUACUGCUCGUUGGUGAGGCCCACCUGCAGCACAGAGGCAGCCUCCCUCCGCGCGGUCUUGGAGCCCCUUUUCGUGAGGUACAGCGUGGAUCUCUACCUGGCAUCGCACGUCCAUGCCUACGAAAGAACCUUCCGGACACAGAAUGGCUCGGUGUGCAAAGCCGACGACACGGCGGAUGCCUCCUGCGGGCCCGUGAACAUCGUCAACGGGGACUCGGGGGAGCCUCCUUUCCAGUACGAGGAUCUGCCGGCUCGUUUCACGGUGAAGAGGCAUCCUGGCCAGCCUGGCUACGGUGAGCUAACCGUGCUGAACGCGACAGCGAUUGAGUACCGGCAACUGGAUGCAACAACUGGGGCAGUCACUGACCAGUUCAUUCUGCAGAAGAGCUCCACGGCCAAGGAGCCUGAGGAGAACUUUCUCGAGGCUGUUGGAUGGUUGGCCUUCGCCACUGCCUUGGUCACCUUUACCUGUGGGUUUGUGAAGUGGGUCCACUCCGAUGGCUUGAAGCGCCGAGACGAGGCUUUGAGACACCUCCGCACGGAAAUUGCGGUCCUGAGUGGCAUGCCGCUGAAGGUUGCCGGCAGCCCUGUGGAAGCCCAGCACCUGGUCGGAGCUCUGGGCUCAGCCGAGCUUGUGAGAUGCCAUAGAGCAGGGGAGCCGGAGAUGUCAGAGGUCAGUGUCACGAUUGCACGAGGCUUCCGUCCCGCAAAGAGACAGCUGAAAGAUUCUGAGAGCUCUUCCUUGCAGGACAUGCCUCCCACAGAAACCGCAGCCGGCGAGGCUGCAGGCACUGUUUCAGAAAAACAAAAUGCUGUGGCCCUGGUACCCUCUCCCCCGAGCCACGAGUGGUCACCAGACCACCAGUCUACGAGUCAAGUGGCAUCCUUUAAGGCAUGCAGCCAGUUUGUCACGGAGGUGAGGACCAAGAUGGACCGCGAUCCACGCGUCGCGCUAGUGCCGAGUCGCCUGCGGCGGCCGAGAUACGUCUGGGAGGCUUCUGAACGGCAUGGAGGUGUUGAUGUUGCGAUUGACAUCUCGGUCCCUGCCUCUGAGAAGGAGGCCAGGCCCAUGCGGAAUCCAAGAUCUGACCUCUCGCGGCUUUUGCAGGAGGUGCGUUUCCCGGAGCCUGAGUACUUCAGAAACGUAGACUGCAUGGGUAUACCCGGCCUUUUGUCAAUCCAAGAGUGUUUGGGCAUAAUCGACAUCGCGGAGUCUUACGUUUUCCGACCGGAUUAUCGCAUGCAUGUCAAAGACAUGCAAUGCUUGGACAUAAGGGACGAAGACUUUGCCCGAGGUCUCUGGGAAUCAGGGAUUGGACAGGUGCUGCGGACUGUCUCCGUUGAUGGCUUGGUGCCCUAUGGCCUCAAUGAUGUGAUCAGGAUCCAGAAGUUCGUGCAAGGAGGACAUCUCUCCAGACACAUCGACAGAUCCAUCACACGGGACGGCCUGAUCUCCAAGUAUUCGCUGUGCGUUUUUCUUAACGAGGGCUUCGAAGGCGGGCUAAGCGUCUUCCACGUCCCUUAUGAAGCUCCCGUGAUCUUUCAACCCGAGGCGGGACUAGGGCUUCUGUACCCGCAGGGGGAGCUCUGCACAAUGCAGGAAGAGACGGAAGUCACAUUCGGGACAAAGUAUGUCUUGCGAGCAGACGUGCUGUUCGCGAUGCCGGAACGUACGUACACACAGCUGCGGCCUGGAGAUGUGGGGCCGCUGCUGCGGCAAAGCCCAAGGAGGCGAACCUGUCUUGUACCCCGAGGCGAACCACGCGUCGCGCUAGUGCCGAGUCGCCUGCGGCGGCCGAGAUACGUCUGUGAGGCUUCUGAACGGCAUGGAGGUGUUGAUGUUGCGAUUGACAUCUCUGUCCCUGCCCCUGAGAAGGAGGCCAGGCCCAUGCGGAAACCAAGAUCUGAGCUCUCGCGGCUUUUGCAGGAGGUGCGUUUCCCGGAGCCUGAGUACUUCAGAAACGUAGACUGCAUGGGUGUACCCGGCCUUUUGUCAAUCCAAGAGUGUUUGGGCAUAAUCGACAUCGCGGAGUCUUAUGUCUUCCGACCAGAUUAUCGGAUGCAUAUCAAAGACAUGCAAUGCCUGGACAUAACGGACAAAGACUUUGCCCGAGGUCUCUGGGAAUCAGGGAUUGGACAGGUGCUGCGGACUGUCUCCGUCGAUGGCUUGGUGCCCUAUGGCCUCAAUGAUGUGAUCAGGAUCCAGAAGUUCGUGCAGGGAGGACAUCUCUCCAGACACAUCGACAGAUCCAUCACACGGGACGGCCUGGUCUCCAAGUAUUCGCUGCGUGUGUUCCUGAACGAGGGCUUCGAAGGCGGGCUAAGCGUCUUCCACGUCCCUUAUGAAGCUCCCGUGAUCUUUCAACCCGAGGCGGGACUAGGGCUUCUGUACCCGCAGGGGGAGCUCUGCACAAUGCAGGAAGAGACGGAAGUCACAUUCGGGACAAAGUAUGUCUUGCGAGCAGACGUGCUGUUCGCCAUGCCGGAGAGCAUGGUAUUCCAACAAUAG